CAGGUCUGUGUCUCAUUAUACAACAAUGCCAAAACUUCUGUGUUGUCUGUGUGGUAGUGCCACAUUUUCACGGCUAGCUAUUGUAUUGUGGGUGUGUAUCUGUAAAUUCUUUGCAAACCUGUCCUCUUUUUUAACCAGUUUCUUCAGUCACCGGAGAGAGGAAGGUCUAUAAAUGCUUCAAAUCUUUGAAUGUAUUUUUGCUUAGAGUUGUAUGUAGGAGAGAUUUUAGUUGGGGUAUUUGCCUUUGAUGGACACUAUUGGCACAAUGGAUGUACCUUGGAACUUCAGAUUCGGGAUAGUUAUUCUGGGAGACUCGGCGGUAGGAAAAUCAUCUCUGCUGCAUCGCUUUACUGAAGGAACGUUCGAGGAAUCCCGACAGUCUCCGCUUGGAAUCGAUUUCAAGGUUCAUAAUAUGCACUUUGACCCUGAUAUUGUCAUCAAACUGCUUUUGUGGGAUACUGCGGGUCAGGAGAGAUUUAGGUCCAUCUGCAAGUCUUACAUGAGGAACUCUGUUGGUUGCGUUUUGAUGUUUGACAUCUCACAGCGACAGACGUUCGACCGUGUGGUCCAUUGGCAUCAGGAAGUUCUGGAUUACGUGAAACCAAACCCAAUGAUCUUUUUGCUCGUGGGUCAUAAAAGUGACCUGGCCAUAGGACGGCAGGUCAGAAAGAGUGAAGGAGACGCUUUGGCCAAAAAACUCAACAUGGUGGCUUAUCUUGAAGUGUCUACAAAAGAAAAUAUUAACGUGUAUGAAGCGUUCGAGGCCCUGACCAUAGGCAUAUAUAACUUCUUCCAGAAAGGGAAAAUAACCCCACGGGAUGACUGGCAUGGGUUAACGGUUGGGGCUCCCAUUGGAAAUGAGCCACAGGUCACCGAAAAAUCCACCUGCUGCAACUUUGGAUGAGAACUUCGGACUGCAACCAAACCUUCUUAUGCACAGACAUAUUUACACAGUACAUUUAAACAUGCAUCUUGUACUAAAUGAGUAUUGAACAGCAUGUCUUUAGAGAUAAAGCACAGACGUCUUAAAGGCACAGCGGUGAAAAUUAAGUGUUAAAGGCUGUCUUGAAGAAAGAGGAAAUGACAGUUUUACAUAAAGGAA